CGACAAAAUUCAAAAUUUAACGGAAGAUGGAAAAACUACAGCAUCAUCAAUUCUUAAAAAUAAUUUAUUCCAACAAAAUUUAAAUAAUAAAAUUAUUUGGAGAAAUUCAGUAAAAAGUGAUGAAUGCCAACAGGGCUUUGGAUUGAUUUACAGGAUCUCGAGUUUGAUCAUCAUUGGCUUUUUACAAAAUCAGAAUCAGCAGAAAGAGAAUUAGUUUCGGCUUAUGAUGCUUGGGUAGAAGUACAUCAACAAGUUUUGAAUUUAAUCAAAAAAUGGUUGCUGUUGAGAGAACAAAAAGACGAAGUGGAAGGGGAACUUGAAGAGGCAACAAGGUAA